AUGGCGUCUCCGAAGCCCCAAGUUUCGUGUUCUGCUGUGCCGUCUGAAGAAUUCAGUGUAGUGCAAGUGUUAGACUCUAAUGAGCCACUUGUUGCGAGCUCCUCUUCAGGCCCCCCGUGUGGUGAAGUGCCGUCUGUAGAAUUGAGUGUAGUGAAAGUGUUGGACUCUGAUGAACCACUUGUCGCGAGCUCUUCUGCAGGCCCCCCGUGUGUGCAAGUGUUGGACUCUAGUGAGCCACUUGUGCCCAUGACUGUGCUAUCGAAAUCAAUAGCUGGUAGUUCCCGCGCCACUGUUCCCAGUACCGUGUCGGUGCAGCGUGGCUAA